AUGGACAAGGCGUCAGACUUAAUUCGUGUAGUAAUUAUUGUCAACGAUAAUUUAGAAAAAUCAUUUUGUUUCAUCGAACGAAAAAAAGGAACUAUCUCAGCUUUGCAUGAAUUGACGGGCUAUGAGGAUUGCAACUUCCUUCUCGAUGAUGUGGUGUGGGAAGAUGGUGGUCCUUCUAAGGCAGUUCUCAAAGUGACGAAUCCUUUGGAAGCGAAGAAAGAUGAGAACAUAGAUUUUCAGGUGAAGCUUUGCGAAAUUCUCAAUGAACGAGGGAUUCCUUGCCCAAAUAUUAUUUCAAGGUUGGAUGGAAGAGCAUGGGGGUUGGAAGAAAUCGUCGAUGGAGUUUGUUUACCUGUGCGGGUUUUCGGUGUACUACCUGGGUCAAAUCUCGAGCAGUUCAGCUUUGACCCUCAGUUGGUGAAGGACAUCGGCGAACUUCUGGCCAAGUUUCAUAUAAUUACUGACGAAUCAAAAUUGUCCGUCUCUCACAUACCGUACAUAGCUGUGGAACACAGAAAAAGCAUACUGAACGAAGUGAAACUGCAGUUGGAGAAUUCCAUAAUAAGCCAAGAGCGAUCGCAGCUGAUCUCGCAGUGUUUAGAGGAGUACGAGGAUCGUAUUGUUAGGAACGGUCACCAACAUGAAUUUGGGCUGAUCCAUUCUGACAUCAAUGAAACGAACUUGCUCAUUACUGAAAUUAACGGUAAAAAGAAGAUCACAGGACUACUCGAUUUUGGAGAUGUCCACCAUUCAUUUCGAAUCGUGGAUAUCGCCUCAACCGUGCUCUAUCUUCAUCUGUCAGACAAGCUAAAGCAAGGAGUGAGAACACUGGCCCGCAAUAUACUCGAGGGGUAUUGUCGAGUGCGGCAGCCCUCACCAUGUACGGAGCUCCUUACGGCAAUGAAAGCUCGUCUGUCAUGCUCUCUGAUCUAUGGACUUCGGACCGCUCGUCUAAAUUUUCGGGGAGGAAACGUUGAGUACAUACUUCGAACGCAAUCCAACGGAUGGAAGAUUUUAGAGGAACUGCACAAUUCGGAACUAUGCUUGGAAGAUGUGGAGCGACGAUGA